AUGGGGAAAAUCCCGCCGUCCUUCAGAAGGUCAGCUUCUCAAUCCCCUGUAACCACCCUUCUCAAACACAACACCUCUCCAUCUCCACAGGAACAAAUCCCAACCCCAAUUCCAUUUCUGCGGACCCAGAAUAAAUCCCCCAAAAGAAAUCCCGUCAAAAUUAACAAUGUCGCACCGCCGAGAACAAGCGCCCCAUCAAUCUCCUUCGAAUCCCCAAAUCUGUCGGACGCAAAAUCCCUCUUCAACUCUUUCAUUUCCUCCACCAAGAACGUCCCCUCCGAACCCAACUUCUACAACUCUAUACUCCGGUCAUUCUCCGACGUCUCUUCCCUACAGGACUCGAUCCUCUUCCUCGACCACAUGGCCAAGAAGCAUCCUCCCUUUUGCCCCACCCGCUCCACCUAUCACGUCCUCUUAACACAGUCGUGCUCGGCCCAGGAAGAGCCAUCCCUCUCUGACGUGCACCGCGUGCUCAACCUCAUGAACAACGGUGGUUUCCCGCCCAAUCAGGGGUCGGCGGAUGUUGCUGUACGAUCCCUCUGUGGCUGUGGCCGGGAGGAGCAUGCGAUCGAGCUUGUCAAGGAACUAUGCUCUAAGAAUUCGCCACCCGACUUGCACACAUACAAUUUUCUGGUGAGACACCUGGUAAAAAACCGUUCUUUGAGCACUGUGAAUUGCUUCAUAAGGGAUAUGAGAGAGUUUGGCAUAAAGCCGGACCUUGUGACGUAUACUAUCAUGAUCGAUAACGUAUGCAACACUAAGAACUUAAGAGAGGCCACGCGGCUUCUUGGGGUGCUGAGCGAUGAAGGGUACAAGCCGGACUGCUAUGUGUACAACACGAUUAUGAAGGGUUAUUGUAUGUUGAGUCAGGCUGGUGAGGUACUGGGGUUGUAUAAGAAGAUGCAGGAUGAGGGGGUCGAGCCCGAUCGUUACACUUAUAAUACUUUGAUAUUUGGGUUGUCCAAAUCGGGUAGGGUUGGGGAGGCCAAGAAGUUCUUGGAGGUUAUGGCUGGAAAAGGACAUUUGCCUGAUGCAGUUGCUUAUACUUCGUUAAUGAACGGAAUGUGUAGGGAAGGAGAUGCAUUGGGGGCACUGGGGCUGUUGAGCCAGAUGAAGGAGAGAGGGUGUGAGCCGAACUCGUGUACAUAUAAUACUUUGCUUCUUGGGCUGUGUAAGGCCAGGUUGCUAGAUAAGGGAGGAGAAUUGUAUCAAGUGAUGAAGAGAUGUGGUAUAAAGCUGGAGACUGGGUCAUAUGGGACAUUUUUGAGGGCCUUGUGUAGGAAGGGUAGGGUUGCUGAAGCUUAUGAUGUUUUUGACUAUGUGGUCGAGAGCAAGAGCUUCCCGGAUGUUGCAGCUUAUUCAACUUUGGUAGGUAUACUCAAGUGGCUGAGGAAAGCUAGAGAGCAAGGACUUGCCAUUUGA